AUGCUCCCUAGAGAAACCUCUCCAUAGGAAAAAUCAUCUGCAAAAUAAUUAGAAUUAAAAAGAUAAAAGAGCUCUCGAUUUACAAUCUCGAAUCAAAUGAUGAAACGGAGUCCAACAAGGUUUCUAAAAGAAAUGAAGAGUCUCAAAAAAUAUGUAAAAUAAAAUACAUUGAAAAGUUUAAAAAAAUUUCAACCAUAUGAAAAUAAUGAUUAAAAUUCAUCAGAUUCUAGUGAGUAUAAUAAUGUAGAUGAAAAACUUAAUCCUUCAGAAAAAAAAAUAUCAAUACCUAAUUUGAGUUUCAAAGAAACCUUUUUUAUAUCUAUGGCAUAACAAGAAUAACUGACAAAUAAUUCUUCAGAUUAAAAUUGUUCUAAUAUUACUAAUAAGCAUAUGCUCAAGAAUUUAAAAAAAUGUUUUGGUGAUUCAAGUUCCAUUUGUGAAAUAAAUUCUCAAGAUCAAUUAUUAGAUAAAAGAUAAGAAAAUUUCCAUUUUCAAGAUCAAAUAGAAGAAUCAGAAAUAUAAUAAAUUGAAAAGGUAGAAUAUUGUGUUGAAGAUCUUGAUCCAAGGAUUUUGAAGAAGUAUUAAAAACAUAAAGAACUUAAUCCAUUUGAAGACCCUUAUUAUGUAGUAUUGACUCCUUUACAUGGUUUAGAUAGAUUAAAACAUGAAUUAAAAGUAAUUUAAUUGUUUAACCUUUUUAGAAAUAUAAUGAUCAUCUGA